AUGAGUCCCCGCUCGUGCCUGCGUUCGCUGCGCCUCCUCGUCUUCGCCGUCUUCUCGGCCGCCGCGAGCAACUGGCUGUACCUGGCCAAGCUGUCGUCGGUGGGGAGCAUCUCCGAGGAGGAGACGUGCGAGAAGCUCAAGGGCCUGAUCCAGCGGCAGGUCCAGAUGUGCAAGCGCAACCUGGAGGUGAUGGACUCGGUGCGCCGCGGCGCGCAGCUGGCCAUCGAAGAGUGCCAGUACCAGUUCCGGAACCGGCGCUGGAACUGCUCCACGCUCGACUCCCUGCCCGUCUUCGGCAAGGUGGUGACACAAGGGACUCGGGAGGCAGCCUUCGUGUACGCCGUCUCCUCGGCAGGCGUCGCCUUCGCCGUGACGCGGGCGUGCAGCAGCGGGGAGCUGGAGAAGUGCGGCUGUGACCGCACGGUGCACGGGGUCAGCCCCCAGGGCUUCCAGUGGUCGGGAUGCUCGGACAACAUCGCCUAUGGCGUGGCCUUCUCGCAGUCCUUCGUGGACGUGCGGGAGAGGAGCAAGGGUGCCUCGUCCAGCCGGGCGCUCAUGAACCUCCACAACAACGAGGCCGGCAGAAAGGCCAUCCUGUCACACAUGCGGGUGGAGUGCAAGUGCCACGGGGUGUCGGGCUCCUGCGAGGUGAAGACGUGCUGGCGGGCGGUGCCGCCCUUCCGCCAGGUGGGCCACGCACUGAAGGAGAAGUUUGACGGCGCCACCGAGGUGGAGCCGCGCCGGGUGGGCUCCUCCAGGGCCCUGGUGCCGCGCAACGCGCAGUUCAAGCCGCACACGGACGAGGACCUGGUGUACCUGGAGCCCAGCCCGGACUUCUGCGAGCAGGACUUACGCAGCGGCGUGCUGGGCACGAGGGGCCGCACCUGCAACAAGACGUCCAAGGCCAUCGACGGCUGCGAGCUGCUGUGCUGCGGCCGCGGCUUCCACACGGCACAGGUGGAGCUGGCGGAACGCUGCAGCUGCAAAUUCCACUGGUGCUGCUUCGUCAAGUGCCGCCAGUGCCAGCGGCUGGUGGAGCUGCACACGUGCCGGUGACUGCCGCC